AUGUCAAUGCUGAAGGCACCGGUCGAUCUCGCGGUCGAGAUGGGCGCGCAGGAUCUCAGCGCAGAAGAAGAGUUAUCGGGCAUUGCGUUGAUCGCUCCAGAUCUUCGUUCGAUCCAGAUCCAGAAGCCCGGCGAUCUCGCCAAGGGAGCCCCAGAAGCUUCGUCUCCCGCGAUCGCUGCAACAUAUUUCUAA